AUGAUAAACUGUUUAUUUAUUGUAAAUAUUUUUAGUGAACGAGAAGAAAAAGAAAAACGGUUAUCAUCUAGUGAUAUGCUUUUAUCACAUUUAUCAUCAACUUACCAUCAAGAAAAAAGUUCAAGCGCGAAGCAGCAAAAUUUGAUUAUCAACAAACAAAAGAGUUGUUCAGAAGGAAAUAGAGUAAUUGAAUUAGGAGACACAAAGAUGGAAUGUGUACCACUUUUACGUGUUGUUUGUGAUGCCGAUACGAAUGAGGAGGAGGAUGAGGAAGAAAAAAAGGAACAAGAUUAUGAAAAUUAUGGUUUUUUGCUACAACGGAAUGAUAGUAAUAGUCAUGGUUGUGUUAUAGGUGAUCCAAAGCAACACUGCACGUCGUUUCAUAAAUGCUCAUUUGCAAGCAGUAGUUCACCAACAUCACCAAGCACGAAUAAUUCUUUACUUUUUUCCUUCCCAAACACUCAGUCAUGUUUGUUAAAUAAUGCAAGCAUGUCACUGCAACAGCAACAGCAAGAAGUAAAACAAGGGGAAGAAAGAAAAAAAGAAGAAGAUGAUGAUACUGAUGAUAAUAUUUUAUUCAGUAAAAAUAAUAUUUUACGAAAAUUGCCAAAAUAUUCAAUUAUUGAAGAAAUAAAUCGUCUAACUGCAGAUAUUGCCGCUGCACAUCCAGAUAUGAUACAUUUUCAACAAGUCAUCAAUACAUGGGUUUAG